ACCUUGAUUCUCCACUACUUACAGUUGGCAGACCUACAAACUCGUGUGCCAGCCUACUCACCAACCAGUUUUCUCCACGCACGACGCUCCAACGGUCAUGAACAAUAUUAUAGCACUCAACAAUAUCGAACAAGUCCUUGGCGCACAGGAACCCGAGUUAUCACAGAACCUGACAAAGCUCUUUGCGAAGCUUCUCGAGCGAAAUCAAGACCCCACAUUUGUAGCGAACUACACGGAUGCCAUCAAACUCCGAUUCCGCCGAGAGUUUUCGACGCGGAAGGGUCACGAUUCCCCCAGCUUUAGUGCUUUUGGAAAGGCAUGCCAUGGGGCAGGGAUCGUGAAGACGCUGCUCGCUGUAGUGACGUCCCAUCUAUACUCGCCAUCACAGCCGAAGGACCGAUCUCUCGGCCAAUACAAUGCGCUCGAAGCUUUAUCACUCCUUAUGCAGACUGGUAAUCUUACCGAGCGACGCACGCUUCUGGAGGACAUGAAGAAGAACCAUGUCAUCAACAUUUGUUUAUCACAUUUGAAUCAUCCUCUUUGCAUUUUCCGUCAGUUAGCAAUCAAUACCUUGCGCGUACUCGCGAGCGAAUCCGUACUGGGAGAGAAUUCAUCUGCAACGGAAGCGGCUGAUAUCAUCGCUGCGGUCUGCAGAUUCGCAUUAGAAGGGCCCGAUUUCUUCAUCGAAGGCAUGCGAUCUUCAGCCACGACAUGGCAAAGUCAAAUGGUUAUGGGUGCCCCAGAUAUACCCUCAAAACGAGCUGCGGAGCACGCGCCCCGAUUUUAUGCCAUGGCUCAAGAGAGCGCUCUAUGGACUGCACACGGCCUUUUGUGUACCACACCGCCGCCAUCGCGAAAGCAUUGUCUUGACAUUUUGAAGAAGAAACCAGAAAUUCUAGAUCUCCUUUUUGACUGCGCCAUCAUCGCUCGCUCGCCAUGGUACCCUGAAACUCAAGUCGAUUCUAUCGCGUGCGAGGUCCUGACCCUCCUCUUCCAAUGGCCGUCACACAUAGUCCCAGGCGUUGUGACGCCCCAAGACAAUGCUUUUAGAGCUCAGGAGUGGAAGGCUAUGACCCAAACUGUGACCAUCUUGACGUCCCGAGAAGACUGGUGCGAGAGGAUCAUCGAAGUGUGGAUGAAAAUCGAAGAGGAGGAUUGGCGUGAGGUCCGGGGCUGGUUUGAUCGCGUCGAGGUUGAUUACCACGCAUUCGAGCCACCCGAUGAAGAUGCUUUCAGCCAGGUGUUUGAAUAUAGAGGCACAUCCCGUAUUGCUAUGCUGAGACUCGUCAGUACUCUCAGUCACGCAGCCGAGUCUUGCGGUGUCACCAACGCCGAGAUCGAGUCACUGCUCCGGAUGGCAUACCUUGCUUCACGCAAAAUCAAGAGUACGAAUGAGCUCGACCAUACUAAACCGGAGGAUCAAUACAUGAGUGUCGAGCGUGCGAAAGAGAUUUUCCGCAGCCCUAUGUACACCGUAUCCUUAGGUAUACAAGUGGAUGCACCUCUCCAAAUCGCAGACGAAAGUGUCAUGGGUCCAACCGCUCUCGCACGUCUACUUGUCGUGCUCGCCCAGCGAAAAGCCUUUGAUACCAUUCAGGGGCUCAAAAAAGCGCCAAAUGGCCUUUCAACCUCGACCUGCCUCAACCACGUACAACAAAUCACGAACCCCGAUGUCAUCCACCGAUUCCUGAAGAUUGCACUGCAGCGCGUGAAGGCAUGUAUGGACAAGGGACGUGAUCGUGCUCGCAAGAGUGACAACGAUUACGCUAGGGCUGCGUUCACGAGUGCUGCGGAACUUGCCGCUGCACUGGUUGCAUUUGACACCCAGACGCAGGGCCAGUAUUCCAAAGAAGUGAUUGGGGCGAGAAAGGAGCUUGCAUUGUCGCUAGGCAAUGCAGCUGAGAUGGCUAUUCGCGAGAAGCACUGGCAGCAGGCGUUAUACUUUGGAUCCGGUGCCGUAAACGUUGCCGAGAACAUUCCAGCCGUCGAACUGUUGGACGCAACUGUCAUGGCAAAAAAUAAGCGGCGCGUCGAGCAAGCGAGGACUGCGAUUUCUGGAAAAUAGAAGGCUUGUGGCAUUAAUAUGUGAGUGGUUUUUUUGGGGGUUCCUUUGCGCAUGGUUCAUCCAAUUCUGUGUUCAGUGACCCCUGUGUACUCAGCUACCGCAUCUGUGAUGUAUGAUAUAUUGUAUGUUUGUUGUCUUAAUGUUGUCGAGUGUCUUGAUACCCUGGCACUUAUGCGAACCGUGAGCGGGGUGAUCAGCUAUGAAC